AUGAUAACCCUCACAAGACUUCUACAACUCAUCCGCACCUCCGACGCCCUAUCCAUCACCAUCAUCGCCAACAAAGUGAUCCAUCCCGCUGAUAGAGAAGAUUUUGAGAUUGGGAAGGGGAGUUUGUGGGUCAGCGAGAGGGUGAGCUGGAGGAGGGAGUUGGCGCUGGCGUUGGGGUAUGGGUGUACGGGUGUCGAGAGCGCUGAGGAAGCGGUGGAAUCCAACAAAGCCAGCCCAUGGGUUAAAUCCUCCGCCGACCAACGUCGCGACCUCUUGCUGCAGAAGGUGAUGAUGGCGGAGGUUGUGCAGGAAUACCUCUUUAUGCUUAAUGAGGAGGGGGAUGAUGUGGAGUGGGUUGUUAAGGAUGGGGCGUGGCGGAGGGUGUUUAAGAUUCAGACGUAUUAA